CUUCUCACAAGCAAAAACUUCCCAUCACCCCCUUUCUGCUUCUCUACAAAUUCAAAUUUAAAUUUAAAUUCAAAUUCGAAGCCCUCCCUCACUCCCUCUCUUUCUCAGAGAUCUCAAAUCUUUCUUCUUCUUCUUCUUCUUUUUCUUGUCUAUACAUUCUUCUUUUUUCUGAAAACUCCCAAAAUACGAGAGUGAAAACAAUGAAAUCAACUGCAGAAGCCGCCGUUGCCGAGAAUGGCCGGUUUUUGGGGAGCAUUUCCACUUCUUCGCUUCGAAAUCUGCUUCCUAAAUCAAAACUUAAGAAAAGCAUCAAGAAAUCCAACUCUGAAAACACUCCUCCACCAGAUCCCAACAUUAUUCAAAUAAAUAAUUCAGCCCAGUUUUCCCCCAAAUCUCCACUCUCCAAAUCGCUUACUUCUGACUCCUUCGUUAACCCAUCUGACGCUCAUCCCCAAAUUCCGCUUUCUAUGGACUCUUCCGUCAAGAAAGAUAUGGUUGAAUCCGAAGAACAAAAUGGAGAAUUGACGAAUUUAGAUCCAUCCGUCAAGGUGGUAGUGAGAAUUAGACCCAUAAAUGGUCAAGAAAAAGAAGUGGAUCGAACAGUGAGGAAGGUUUCUUCAGAUUCUUUAUCAGUCGGUGACCGCAAAUUCACAUUCGAUUCUGUUCUUGAUGCAAAUUCCAGUCAGGAGAAUGUUUUUCAGCUAAUUGGUGUUCCUUUGGUUAAAAAUGCAUUAGCUGGUUUCAACACUUCAAUUUUGUCAUAUGGACAGACUGGAAGUGGAAAGACUUAUACAAUGUGGGGUCCACCAAGCGCCAUGGUUGAGGACCAUUCACCUGCGAGCCACCAGGGGAUUGUUCCUCGUAUCUUCCAAAUGCUGUUCUCUGAGAUUCAAAGGGAACAAGAGAACUCUGAUGGGAGACAGACAAAUUAUCAGUGUCGUUGCUCCUUUCUUGAGAUUUACAAUGAGCAAAUUGGGGAUUUACUCGAUCCAACUCAAAGGAACCUUGAGAUAAAGGACGAUCCAAAGAAUGGAUUGUACGUUGAGAAUUUGACAGAAGAAUAUGUUUCUAGCUAUGAGGAUGUAACUCAAGUUUUGAUUAAGGGGCUUUCAAGUAGGAAGGUUGGAGCAACAACUGUAAAUUCCAAGAGCUCUCGGUCUCACAUUGUUUUUACUUUUUUCAUUGAAUCUUGGUGCAAGCAGGGAGCUUCAUCAAAAUGUUUCAGCAGUUCAAAAACAAGCAGAAUCAGCCUGAUUGACCUUGCAGGAUUGGAUAGAAACAAACUUGAAGAUGUUGGUAGACAACAUGUACAGGAAGGCAAAAAUGUCAAGAAGUCCUUAUCACAACUUGGGUAUUUGGUGAACACUCUUGCAAAAGAAACUCAACCUGAAAAACCUGAAGAUGUUCCAUAUGGGGGUUCCUGUUUAACACGUAUAUUGAGAGAAUCCCUUGGUGGCAAUGCCAAACUCACAGUUAUUUGCAAUAUUUCUGCAAACAACAGAAAUACAAGUGAAAUACUGAGCACUCUUAGAUUUGGGCAAAGGGUUAAAGCUGUAAGAAACGAGCCAGUAAUAAAUGAAAUAUCUGAAGAUGAUGUAAAUGGCUUGAGUGAUCAGAUUCGUCAACUGAAGGAAGAGCUUAUAAGAGCAAAGUCUGAUGCAUAUAACUCAGUUGGGAGUAAAAGUGGAUAUUUUAAAGGGUGGAAUGCACGUGAAAGCUUGAACCAGUUAAGAAUAAGCCUUAACCGCUCUUUGAUCCUGCCACGCAUAGAUAACGAAUACGAGGAAGAGAUUAAUAUUGGCGAGGAAGAUGUAAAGGAACUACGUCAGCAGCUAGAUUAUUUAGAUAGCUCUUGUGAGACAAACUUAAGAGAUCCAUCGGACAAGAGAGGUUCCAUUCAGUCUUCUGUAAAAGAAAGUUGUGAGACAGACUUGCUGAGUGAAGAUGACAUUCAUUGCCCAAAAGAAACAGAGAUAGAAGAAAUUGAUGAAGUGGAACUUCCUCCCAUGUCCAGUCCUGAACCAGCUGAUGACCUUUCAGUUACAUCUAAAACUUUGAAGGCUGUUGAUCCUUCAAUUAGAAGUAGCAUCUCCAUCAGCCCACAUCGUCGGUCUUCAAUCCUCGAAGAGCCUACAUUGUCUGAAUCUCCCAAAAUUGCAAAUAAUCUAAGGAAAAGCAUGGCUGUUCCAUCAGCACUUUUGGCCAGUCAGAAAAAUGUAUCAGAGAGUUCAGAGUCAGAGGUAUUACGACAGUCGCUCAGAUAUAGUGACCACAUCAGGUCCUCAUUACAUACAAGCAAGACGUUUUUAGGACCUACAGAGUCUUUGGCUGCAAGCCUUCAAAGGGGCCUGCAGAUUAUUGAUCAACACCAGCAUAGUUCAGUUCCCAACAGAUCUUCAGUUGCCUUCUCUUUCGAACACCUGAUGCUGAAACCUUCUCCAGAAGCAGACAAGGCCAAUGCUUCUGUUCAAACAUUACCAAAUGACAAACCAUCUCCUGAUGGCUCUUCUACUCCUGUGUUUUGUUCAUCUUGCCAAAGGAAGUUUGAAAAUAACCACCCUGAUGAGGUUCAGGAUAGCUUGAAGACAUGGAUUGUAACGGUUGAUAACCAACAGAGAGAUGGCGGGAACACAGUGGAAGAAGCCUCCAUAAAAGAGAAAACACUUGAAAGUGUUUGUAAGGAGCAAGCAGCCAAAAUUGAGCAGUUAACCCAGCUGGUGGAAAAAUACAAACUUGAAAGAGAAAUUUCUGCAAUUGAACAUGCUCCUGAGCCUCUGAAGAAUGAAAUAAUACCGUUUGAUGAGCAGUCCAACAACGGUGAAAAUGGAAAAGAAUAUUUUGAUAUGACUGAAAAGGAAGCACUUCUUCAGGAGAUUCAGACAUUGAAGAGUAAAUUGCAGUCAUAUACUGCUUCUCCAUCUCCAAACAAGUCUACUGAAAUACUGAGGUCCUCUUUGUUGUCACGUUCCAUUCAAUUGCGAAAAAGUGUAGACUGUCGUAAUAACAGCGAGGAAGAACUUGAGCGAGAAAGACAAAGAUGGAUGGAAAUGGAAAGUGACUGGAUAUCCCUGACCGAUGAACUCAGGAUGGAUCUGGAAUCUAACCGCUGCCGUGCCGAAAAAGUAGAGAUGGAACUGAAAUUAGAGAAGAAGUGUACCGAGGAGUUAGAUGAUGCUCUUAGCAGAGCUGUCCUUGGUCAUGCUAGAAUGGUUGAACACUAUGCUGAUCUUCAAGAAAAAUACAAUGAUCUGGUUACGAAGCACCAGGCGAUAAUGGAAGGCAUAGCAGAGAUAAAGAAGGCAGCAGCAAAGGCAGGAAGCAAAGGUCAUGGUGCACGUUUUGCCAAAUCCCUGGCGGCUGAGCUCUCAGCUCUUAGAGUGGAAAGGGAAAGGGAGAAAGAACAAUUGAAAAAAGAGAACAAAAGUCUCAGAAUCCAGCUAAGAGACACAGCAGAGGCAGUUCACGCUGCUGGAGAACUCCUAGUUAGGCUGAGAGAAGCUGAGCAAGCUGCCUCAAUUGCUGAGGAGAACUUUAGUAAUGUUCAGCAAGAGAAUGAAAAGUUGAAAAAGCAAGUGGAUAAGUUGAAAAGAAAACACAAGAUGGAAAUGGUGACCAUGAAACAGUACCUUGCAGAGAGCAGAUUGCCAGAAUCUGCACUGCAACCAUUAUAUCGAGAGGAUUCAGAUGUAGCAGCAUCACACAACAGCAGUGCAAUUCCAUAUGAUGAUCAGGCUUGGAGAGCAGAAUUCGGAGCAAUAUAUCAAGAACAUUACUAAUUCAUCUAAAACAAAUCUGACCUUACUUCGGUCAGAAUGAAGAUAUGUAUACCUAUGUUGUUUGUGAGUGUCGGAUACGGGUAUGUAUCUUACACAAUUUAAUUCUUUUAAGAAUGUUUUUUUUUUUUUUUGGUGUGUAAAAGUUACAAGUCAAUUUUAUACCCAUAUCCGGAUAUAUAUAUGUUGGACAUGGGUUAGAGCAAGAGGGACACAUACUACUAUUCUUGUAUUGAAUGCAUCAUCUGAUCUCUAAUAAAUUUUUUUUGAGUCUA